CAAGGGCGCCCUCUGACGGCCUCGCUGCUCCCCACCACAUUCGUGCAAGGGCUGCCCGACGGCCGCGAUCCUCGGCCCGACGGGAAGGAAGAGCUGCGGCAGCGUGGCUUAGACGAGUGGCUGGCGUCGCUGUCUUUCAAUAACCCUGACUGUCCCGACCUGCUGCUGACCAUGGGUGCUGUAAUUGUGGAGGAAAUGAGGGUGGCUGUAGAAGAAGCCACCAAAUUCAGGUGUUCAGCUGGAAUUUCGCACAACAAGACCCUGGCAAAACUGGCCUGUGGGUUAAACAAGCCCAACCGCCAGACACUGGUAUCUUCACGAUUUGUCCCACAGCUCUUCAGCCAACUGCCUGUCAGCAGUAUCCGUAACCUGGGAGGCAAGCUUGGCACUGCCAUCACAGAGAUCCUGGGAGUAGAGUACAUCGGGGAGCUGACACGGUUCAGUGAGACAGAGCUCCAGACUCACUUUGGAGACAAAACUGGGUCCUGGCUCUAUGACUUGUGCAGAGGAAUCGAAGAGGAACCUGUCAAAAACCGAUCCCUGCCCCAGUCCAUUGGCUGCAGCAAGAACUUCCCUGGGAGGACAGCCCUGGCCACGCAGAAAGAGGUGCAACACUGGCUCCUGCAGCUGGCCUUGGAGCUGGAAUCCAGACUGAUCAAGGACAGGAGCCAGAACAACCGAGUGGCCAAGCAGCUGAUGGUGGCCAUCCGCAUGCAGGGGGACACCCGGGUGUCACGCUUUUGUGCUCUGACCCGCUAUGAUGCCCAGAAGAUGUGCAAUGAUGCCUUUGCCCUCAUACAAAACUGCAAUGUGGCUGGGGCUCACCAGGCAGCCUGGUCUCCACCACUCAUAUUGGUGCUUCUUUCAGCAAGCAAAUUCUCAGAGCCUGCCACGCUCCUCUCUGCAGGCAUUGCCACCUUCCUGACAAGUGAGACCCAGCCUGACGGCACUGCCACCACCAGCCAAAACACAUCUUCUUGGAGGGCCAAGGUGAAGUUCUUCAGGAGCCCAAGGAAAGAGCUUAGGCAGAAGCCGGCUAAUGCUAUUGAGUCUUUCUUCCAAAAGGCAACAGAAAGGCAGCAGUCACAGAUGGCAGCAGCAACCAGGCUGCCCGCUGCUGCCACUGUGGAGUCACCUGUGCCCAGCUCCCCAAAGCACCAAGAAAGAGAUGGCGUUGGACUUGCCUCGGUGUGGUGUGAGCUGGAGUCCCCUGUGAAGCAGAGUCCCAGAGAUGGGAGCCCUACUUCUCCUUGCAAGAGGCUUCCCUGUGAGAAGUCACUGUCUGAUGCUACACAAACACCCUCAACUCCACCCAGCUCCAGGACGCUUCUGAAAUUAGAGCCAGCUAUGGAGGGAAAUGAGCAGAAUUUGCCACCUUCUCCUGAGCUUGCCCUACUCCCUCCUGCCUCACCAGGGGACCAGCAGUGCUGUGAGAAGUGCGGCCAGCUUGUGCUGGUGUGGGAGUUCCCAGAGCAUAUGGACUACCACUUUGCUCUGGAGCUCCAAAGCUCCUUCCUGGAGCCCAGUGCUCCCAUGGCUCCAGCAGCAGCUCCCAGCCCAAAGGCUGCAGCUUCCAGGUCUCCUGCCAAGGCAAAGAAGCAGCCCAAGACUCCAGCAGGAUCUAGUGCAAAACGACCCAGAGAAGGUGUGACAAGAACUUUAGAUUUUUUCUUUAAGCGCUUACCUCCUUAACUCCCAGUCACACUCGGAGUUUUUAGAUAAUCAGUAUUUUUAAGGUAUCUGUUCUUAAAAAAGCAGUGUUUUUUAA